CCCUCCUCACCCUCCAGCAUGCUCCUCAUUCUCAGACAUGCAUGCUACUGGUUCAUACUUUGUGGUGCUUACUCAGUGAAUGCAUUUAUUAGAUAUGUCCAGAGUAAAUUUAUUGUUCUGUUUAUUGAGUCUUAGAGUUUUUCAUCUUUGCCAUUGCUUAGAGAAUGAUUGUGGAUACUCCUAUGAACCGAAUGGAGCGGACUUUGAACAGAAUGCUAUGGACACAUGUUUAGAUGACCAAAAUUUUAAUGACUUUGGAAGUUCCUUGAUACAAGAUAUCUAUUCAUCCGUCAAGAAGGCAGAAUGUGACUUAGCCAAUCCAUCAGAUUAUCCUCCUCAUUAUCAAACUCGAGAUGGAGAAAAGUUUGACUUCAUCAUCAUAGGUUCUGGCUCAGCAGGAGCUGUCAUUGCUAACCGCUUGUCCGAGAACUCAGAAUGGAAGAUACUUCUUCUUGAAGCUGGAGGAGAUCCCACAAAAUCCACUGAAGUUCCAGCAUUCUAUGGAUUUCUUCAAAAAUCCAUUUUGGACUGGCAAUAUCAGACUGAUUCUGAAGGUGAUAAUUGUCUUGGCAUGGUGAACAACAGUUGUUACUGGCCUAGGGGCAAGGUACUUGGUGGAUCAAGUACAAUCAAUGGUAACAUUUAUGUUAGAGGAAAUCCAAAAGAUUUCAAUGAUUGGCAUGCAAAAGGAAAUUAUGGUUGGGCAUAUAAAGAUAUCCUUCCUUAUUUUAAAAAAUCGGAAGACAUCAAAGCAAAAGAAGUACUGAGCAAUUUAAAUUAUACAAAUUACCAUGGAGAGAAUGGAUAUUUGAGUGUAGAUACUUGGAGUGAUCAUGGUAUCAAAGAUAUAGUAGAUGCAUUUAGUGGAGGAAUGAAGGAAUUAGGAUAUGAUGUAAAUACUGACUGUAAUGGGGAAUCCCAAAUGGGUUUUGUCAAAAUGCAAGGAACAAUUCUUGGUGGUAAACGAUGCAGCACAGCAAAAGCAUUUUUAAAUCCAGUUAAGAAUCGCCCCAACUUAAAAGUUUCAAAAAUUUCUUUGGCAACCAAAAUACUUUUUCAUGGAAAUUUAAAGGUUGCUUAUGGAGUAAAAUAUUUGGACAGGCACGGAAACGAGUUACGGGCUAUAACAAAGAAAGAAAUAAUUAUCUCAGCUGGAACCAUUAAUUCACCACAGCUUCUGAUGUUGUCUGGCAUUGGCCCUAAGGCCCACUUGGAAAGCUUAGGUAUUAAGGUUAUCAAUGACCUUCAAGUUGGAGAAAAUCUCCAAGAUCAUUUGUUGAUGGCAGGCCUUUUAUUCUCCUAUAAUUAUACAAGAGAUAUUAAACCACUUACUGAUUAUAUGUAUGAGUUUCUAACAACCAAUUCAAGCAGACUAUCAGGUAUAGGCACUUUGGGUUAUGCGCCUUUUAUAAACACAUUUAACAAUAUGUUUACACUCCCAGAUAUACAGAUACAUCAGUAUGAUUUUGAUAUUAAUGAUACAUUUGCCUUAGACAAUUUAAUAAAAAUGUUUGGCAUCAGAGAUGAAAUUGGAAAAUUGUACCAUGAAGUUAAUACUAAAAGAGCGAUUUCAUUUGUGAUGCCCACAUUACUUAAACCGGCAAGUAGAGGACAGAUUUUAUUAAAGUCUAGAAACCCACAUGAUAAACCAAGAAUUAUUUCUGGUUAUUUAUCUUCAGAUAGAGACAUGAACACAUUUUUGAGAGCUAUUGAUUUUAUCUCUAAGCUUGCUAAAACAGAAAGCAUGAAGAAGCUGGAUACACAGUUACACGAAAUAGCUCCUCCUGCUUGUGAAGCCUAUCCCUUAUCUUCAGAAGAGUUUCGGAAGUGUGCACUGAAGCACCUAACAACAACCAGCUAUCAUCCGACAUCCACAUGCAAGAUGGGACUUAUGGGUGACCAGUCUGCUGUGGUCAAUCCUCGACUGCUGGUAAAUGGAGUAAAACAUUUGCGGGUGGCAGAUGCUUCCAUCAUGCCCACUAUUAUAAGAGGCAACACAAAUGCGGCAACCAUCAUGAUUGGUGAAAAAGCAGCAGACUUGAUUAAGGCAGACUGGUCACCACACUAAACCAGUAUACAAUUUCAAAACAAAUCAGGUAUAAAAUAAAACUUCUGAUAAACUGUU